AUGGUUGCUCUUAUCAACGUUCGCCGGGACAACCCCGAUCCCUUCUAUCGCUACAAGAUGGAGCGUAUCCAGACCAAGAUUGAAGGCAAGGGUAACGGUAUCAAGACCGUCGUUGUCAACCUCAGCAGCGUUGCCCAGUCCCUGGCUCGUCCUGGUGGCUACCUGAUCAAGUACUUCGGUUUCGAGCUUGGUGCUCAGACCAACAUUGAUCCUCCUGAUGACCGCUGGAUCAUCAACGGUUCCCACGAGGCCAGCAAGCUCCAGGACCUCCUCGAUGGCUUCAUUGCCAAGUUCGUCCUCUGCAAGAAGUGCAAGAACCCCGAGACCGUUGUCCAGAUCAAGGACGAGAAGAUCACUCUCGACUGCAAGGCCUGUGGCCAGCGCUCCAAGGUCGAGCCCCAGCUCAAGCUGACCUCCUUCAUCCUCAAGAACGUCCCCAAGAAGACCAAGAAGGAUAAGGCCGAGCGCAAGGCUGCCCGCAAGGCCCGCCAGAACGGCGGCGAUAAGGACGGUUCCGGUGACGAGAACGGCUCUGACCAGGCCUCUCCUGCCAUUGAGGAUAAGAACAUCGAAUAUGCUAGCGAUGAUGAUGAGCUUACUCGCAAGAUCAAGACCGAGGCUCAGAGCUUGCAGUUGGACAGGAGAGAGGCUCCUAAGGAAGAGGAGUGGGCCGUCGACAUGAGCGAGGAGGCCGUCCGUGCCCGUCAGCAGAACCUUCCUGGCGAAUUCAAGCAGAAGCUCGUCCUGAAUGGUGAAGAAGACGAGGAGGAAGAGGGUGGAAAUACCGUCUACGACCAGCUCGGCACUUGGAUCGAGGAUGAAGCCAAGGCCAAGGGUGGCAUUACCAACGUCGACGACGUCGAUAUCUACGUCAAGGCCAAGGAGCUCGGCAUCGAUGCCAAGCACCGCACCGUCCAGGUUCUUGUUCAGUGUCUCUUUGACGAGAACAUCGUUGCGCAGAUCCCCAAGCGUGCUCCCAUGCUCAAGAGACUCAUCACCUCCGAGCGUCACGAGAAGGCCCUCCUUGGCGGUACCGAGCGUCUCCUUGCCGACCUCGGCAAGGAGUCCUAUGACAAGAUCGUCAAGAUUCUCCAGCUCUACUACCACCACGACCUCUGCUCCGAGGAGGUUAUCACCAAGUGGGGUAGCAAGGCUUCCAAGAAGUACGUCGAUGGCUCUACCUCCAAGAAGAUCCGCAAGGCUGCUGAGCCCUUCCUCACCUGGCUCGCCGAGGCCGAGUCUGAGGAGGACUCCGAUGAGGAGGAGGACGAUGAGUAA